CGUGGAUCAUCAUGGCUGCCUGUACAAACAACGUGGAAUUGGGAUUCGUUGAAAAAUCACCACCGUGGCGUCUGCUCAGUCAAUUUUUCCCAAGUAAAGUAGGUGGAAAGCCAGCAUGGUUGAAUCUCAAGGAGGUCCCGAAAUCUAAAAAUUUGUUUUGUCCCAAUUGCAACAAAACAAUGACAUUUUUACUGCAAAUAUAUUGCCCACCACCAACCGGCGACGAGGAUGACGCGACCGCAGAAGCGACGGCGCAGAGCACCUGUUUCCACCGCACGCUGUACGUCUUCUGCUGCAGAGAAGCGACUUGUCACCAAACAUCAAAUUCGGAAGACCAAAAAAGUCCAUUUGCAAUCUUUCGGUGUCAGCUAGAGAGGAGAAAUGAUUUCUACAGUUAUGAACCACCGGAUGAAGACAGUCAAGUUCCAGAAAAGGACAUAAUUUCUCCCAAGCAGUUUGAUGUUUUGUUGUGUGACGUUUGCGGGUGCAAUGCAGGUGACAGGAAAUGUGGCAAAUGUCAGAAGGCAGUAUACUGCUGCAAAGACCAUCAAGUUAUGGAUUGGAAAAUCGGUCAUAAAGCAAAAUGUGGCAAGGAAUUUGGUCUUCAUGAUGCCACUCCCCCAGCCAACAAUAAAUUCCUCUUUCCAGAGUUUGAACUUGUGACAGAACCAGAAAGUGAGGAAUAUGCUGCUCAAGAAGCAGAAGAGAACAUAGAGAAGGGUUCUAGUAAUGAAGACCUUAGACUAGUUGGUGCCGGUCUGGUCCAAACUGCAGUAGAACUGGAGAAUGGCUACAUGAGCACCAAGGAUCUUGAUAGAAUGGCUAGGAAAGAGACAGAUGAUGAUGUACAGUUCAUGAACUUUAAGAAGAGGAUUUCUCAUGAUCCUGAUCAAGUUCUACGGUAUCAGAAGGGCGGUCGACCCCUCUUCGUAUCUGCAAAUGAUCAGCCAAGUGAAAAGGAUAUCGUGCCUUGUUCCUGUGGGGCAAAAAGACAAUUUGAAUUCCAGAUUAUGCCCCAGCUCCUCACCCACUUGGAAGUAGAUAGCCUUGAUGCAAGUAUUGAUUGGGGGACACUGUUGAUUUACACCUGUUCAAAGAGCUGUACAGAAGGACCCCCCUACCAUCCGGAAUUCUUAUGGAAGCAAGACUAUCACAACUCGUCCAUCUCAUGAUGUCCUGGUGACACUAGAUUGACAAACGGCCUAGGAAGACGACUAAAGCAGGUUACAAACCCAACUACAGUGCGAACUCUGUAAAUGUUGGUCAUUUAGACUAUCAAAAUUGUGUUAUUUUAUGUUUACAUGACAAUACAAAAUAUCAAAUCAAUAUGAAUAAGGAAUUACUUAUGUUCAUUGGAUGCAGAGUUUCCACUUCAAAUGGUACCCUAAAAUGCAAUAAUUGAAAGAAAAAAAAAUUCAUUCAUUCAUUUAGCAGCUCAAAGUUAUUGAGAUGCAUAGAGUAUUUUUUUCUUUAUCAAACAAAUAUUUAUUUACAUUAGACUGAUUAGUCUAGCAAAGUGAAUGAUGAGAGAGAGGAAUUGUGAUUACCUUAUAUUUAUGCACAGUUUUCUUUUCGCCUGUGCUGGUUUGGCUUAUGCUGGUUUUUACUUUUACAGUAAAAUUCCAGACAUCAUUGAAAGAGACACUAAAAUAUAUAUUUUUCUAGGAUAAAGACGUGCAAAAAGAAAAAUAGGCAAAGAAGCGAGGCAUCUGUUGUAGACGUAUGAUUAGUACUCUGAAUGCAAUACAGCUAAUGAGUACUAUAACAGGUAACAUAAAUGCAUCCUCUUCUUUCCAAGACAUUGAGCAGGAGACCGUUUUCAAUCAUGCUCAUCAUCAAAUGAUGGUGAACUUCCUGGCUGGUCCUAUGAGGCUUGUCUGGCGUCACUGGCCAUGAAGGCCGAGAAUUCUGACAGAAAGUCACCACAAAAAUCCUAUGAAAAACAAAUAAUAUAUAAUAUAAUAACGAGAAUAGUAAUCAGAGUUUGUAUGGUAUGGUUUUGUGUAGUACACUAGUUUAAAAAAAAACCUGUAAAUGAAAGACUUUAUUCUAAACAAAACUUAGAAAAGUUUACAGCUUGCUCAAGAUUUGUCCUGCACAAAAAAAAGAAGAAAUAAGUGAUGUCUCAAGUGAACAGUAUAUUCUCUUUCCUUUACGUAUUUCUAUAAAUACUUGCUUGAAUUUUUUUACAUGUGGAAAACCAAAAUUAAUAUCAAUCUUUUUAAAUAAUGUGAAUCCUGCCAAACAUUUCCAAAUAGGUCUGAUUGGGGGAAUUAUAGAAAAGUGAUAAAAUAACCAGCUUAGAAAAGAGGAACUUUGGGAGGAAAUUUUUUUUAACCAAGUAGGUAUACAUUUUGAUGAGGGCUAAUGGAUUAAAAUUAGGAUAGAGGCCUUCGUGUACGUACAUAAACAUUUCUGACGUGGUUGAACACCGAUUUGUACUUUGACACGAUCAUAUCACCAUUCCCAUCCAGGUUUGACGCAGAAACGAUCCAAUUAAUCUGUAUUGAUGCCUUUAAUUGAGCCGUAUGUCCAACAACAGGCGCAAAGCAAUGGCGGUUUAACUGUAAAAGAAGCAAAUGAAUAAGAUUCAUCUUUACAAUGAACCAAGAUAAUUUUGAACCAAGUAGGUAUUGGUUUGAGUGAGGGCUAAUGGAAUUAGCCACAUUUUGGAAAAAACAGCCUUCAUGUACUUGUACAUCUCUGAUGUGGUUGAACACUGACUUAUACUUUGAUACCCCUGAUCAUAUCGCCAUUCCCAUCUGGAGUUGAUGCACCUGACCAGUAUAUAUGGGUCACCAUUGACUCUUUCCACAUAUGGGUCACAUAUCAGUUCUUAAGCUUUGUAAAGGCUGUGAAAUUCUUUUUCCUGUAAACAGAUUUGUUUUGGUGAGGUCCAAUAGAAUUUGCCACAUUUAGGAAACAAGCCUUCAUGUACAUCUCUGAUGCGGUUGAACACCGACUUGUACUUUGAUACCAUCAUAUUGCCAUUCCCAUCUGGAGUUGAUGCACCUGACCAGUAUAUAUGUAGGUCACCAUUGACUCCUUCCACAUGUUGGUCACUUCACAGUUCUUGAGCUUUGAGAUGGCUGUGAACUUCUUUUUCCUGUAAAUUGAUUUGUUUCAAGUGGACAGUAUUCACAAAGGUUUCAAUCUAAAACUUCUAUUUUCCUAUUGAGUUAACAUUACAUCUACUGUUAUUUUCUAUGUACAUGUGAUUUUUAUGCACAAAAUCCCUCUUGUAGCUGUGUCAGCUACAUUAGGGUUGAAAAAUUGCAAACACACACUUCUAAUGUCUCUGUCUAGUAAAAGAUCACAACAGAAAUGAUCCAGUUAAUCUGUAUUGAAGCCUUUAAUUGAGCCCUAUUUCCAUCAAUUGACAUAUAGCAACAGUGGUUUAACUGUAAUAGGAACAAUUAAAUAAGGUUCUUCUAUAAAAUGAACCCAGUAGAUAUAGGUUUUGUUCUAUAAAAUGAACCCAGUAAGAUAUAGGUUUUGGUGAGGUCCAAUAGAAUUUGCCGCAUUUAGGAAACAAGCCUUCAUGUACAUCUCUGAUGCGGUUGAACACCGACUUGUACUUUGACACCAUCAUAUUGCCAUUCCCAUCUGGAGUUGAUGCAACUGACCAGUAUAUAUGGGUCACCAUUGACUCCUUCCACAUGUGGGUCACUUAACAGUUCUUGAGCUUUGAGAUGUCUGUGAUAUUCCUCUUCCUGUGAAUAGAUUUGUUAUAAGUGGACAGGAUUCACUAAGGUCUCAAUCUGAUAACUGCACAGCGAUGUAGAAAUUGGUCAUACCUGGCAUAUUUGCUCUCUUCUCGCAUGGAUCCUUUACAGAAUCUACAGUUGUCUAGUAGGUUAUCCUAUGAUAGUAUAGCAUGACUUAAUCAUUUGAUCCUCUAAACAUUGACAUAUAUUUAUUCUUGUUCUUCUCAAUGAUUGAAAAAGAUGGUCUACAGCAUCAUCCAGUCCAUUGAUCCCAGAGGCAUGCUGGAGAGCAGUUCUGCAUCUUUGGAUUGAGUCUGGAAGUCAUCGUCAGGGUCAUUCCUCUCGACACUAUCGUUGCCAUUGUUGUUGCUGUUGUCAGUUUCACCUUCUCUUUGGACCUCUUUAUCAGGUGGUAGACUGGUAUAUUCUAUACAACCUUACGUCUAUAUGGCGAAAUCUGUUGGCCGGCCAUACCUGUAUGGUUUUUCACGUUCUGAUUGGUUAAAACUAUACAACUUUGUAUAAUAAUGGCACCAAUGGCCCGCCAUACAAGCUGCGCAUUGAUGGCCUUCAUUUUCAUUUCCAUCAGGGCAUAGCUUCCAUAUUUGGCUGAGUGCCUUGGUGAAUCUGCAUCUCCUCCCAAGACCAACUUUUCUCCUUCUGACUGUCUGAGGAGAGACCUUUGUUCUCAUUCGUAGACCCUUAUGAUGGCAGGUUGUUGGUAGGUUGACUGGUACUCCAGAAAGGUGUUAUUGGUGAUCGCCUUCAGAUUCAUAUGGUGGAGUACAUGUAAGACCUUGGUUAGACUUGCUCCAGCAUACAAUAUUGCCUCAGACGGCAGAUUUCUAGUGGCAGCAUUCCCAAUCUUUAGGGGAUAUAGAAAUAAUAGAGACAAUGUCCUCUUUGAUGGCAGGUGUCACUGUUUCGGAGAGGAACUCUUGCCUGUAUUACACUUAUUUGCAUAUAUUUGGGUCUGAAGGACUUUUCCCUGCAGAUGAACAUUUUG